AUGGCGGAGCCCGGUAGGCUCAUGGGCCAAACCGCGAGCAACGCCGACCCAGACGACAUCGAUGCUGAUGGCGACUACGAGAUGGACGACGAGUACGAGCAGGAACAGGUCGCAGGUGCACAGAUAUCACAACUUGAUGGCCACAGCACAGACGCCGAAGGCUCCGACGUGGAUGCUGAAGGCGCUGUCAAGAUUGCCCUGCGCCGGCCUGCCUCUUCAGAUGAGGAGGACGACUACAACGACGAAGAGGCUGUGGCCCACUCCUCUGACGCCAAGACCAGCGACAGCGAAGACGAGUCAGGCGCCGAGUCAGAAGAGGAAGCCCCGUGGCAGGCCGAGAGUGAGAAUGGGGAAGAAGUCGAGGCUGCCAGAUCUGAUCCCAAUGUGUGCAUCUACUGCAACCAGGACGAAGAGAAUGAUCCAAGUCCAGAAUAUGAAGAGUAUUUGUCAUGCGGCGUGUGUGGUGACAAUGGUUAUCAUCUUGUGCCCAAGCUGGCUAGGGACCUGCUUCCGUCACAUCGCGGUGUCGAUCCAGGCGGCCACUCUAUUUUCAAGGAACCUCAUUCUUCCUUGACGAUGCCCCAGACGGCACUAACGGGCUUUAAGGGAAAACGAAAGGCCUCACACGAGGAAGAGCCAGUGGCGCAGCCCAGCCGCGGGAACAGAAACAAACAGAGGCCGUCAGAAGCUUCCAAAUCACCGGUUGGCGGAACCUCAGUGAAUGCGUCAUCCCCUGCACUACGACCAAAAAGCGCUAGAAGCGCUCGCAGUGCUAUCACCGAGGCUCAUGAUACAGAAGGCGAAGCGCAACAAACUGCUUCUGACAACGACGACGAGGACGACGAGACUCGUACACGAUCGCGCCCAAGGCGCUCUAAGAUGAAGAGGUCAAACGACAAAAGACCGCUUGCGUGGAUCGAGGAGCAACAAGGCUUGAGUCUAAUCAUGGCCUUUCACCUCAAUAAUGAGAAAGUUCAGAAGAUUGUUACGGCAAAGCCCAAGAAGAAGGUUCUUACCAUAGAACAAGAGCGCCAGGAGCGACGGCGCGAACGAGACAGGGAGAGGCGCGAACGAAAUAGGCGCGCUGCGCAGGCCGCCAGAGAGUCGCCGGAGCUCACUCACUAUCCUGCUGUCCCAAUACAUUAUAGCACACCAUUCCACGGUUUCUCGGAAAAGGAAGACGAGAGCAAGAGCAAACCAUAUGGCGGUGUGCUCUCCGAGGCCGAUGCUGACACGUCGAAAACAUAUCCCUCGCAGGCUGAUCGGAAACGAUUCGAAGAAGCCCGAGUAAAAGCAGAGGAAGAGUGGAAAGAGAAGCAAGACACACUCUACGCUCACCUCGACGUCAUAAAGCCAUCAAAGCAGACAGCCACCGCGAGCAAGAUCAAGUGCGUCAACUUUGGUGGGUGGGAAAUCGACACCUGGCACGCUGCGCCCUAUCCGGAAGAAUAUAGCAAGAAUAGGGUGCUUUACAUCUGCGAGUUCUGUUUGAAAUACAUGAACUCGGACUAUGUGGCAUGGCGGCACAAGCUCAAGUGCCCUGCAAAGCACCCACCAGGCGACGAAAUCUAUCGUGACGGCAAGUACUCCUUCUUCGAAGUGGACGGCAGGAAGAAUCCAGUCUACUGCCAAAACCUCUGUCUUUUAGCGAAGCUCUUCCUCGGCUCCAAGACGCUCUACUACGAUGUGGAACCAUUCCUCUUCUAUGUCAUGACAGAGAACGACAACUAUGGAUGUCACUUCGUUGGCUACUUCUCAAAGGAAAAGAGGCCUAGCUCACUCAACAACGUGUCCUGUAUUCUCGUGCUACCCAUCCACAUGCGCAAGGGAUACGGACAGUAUCUGAUUGAGUUCUCAUAUCUCCUCACACGGGUAGAGAGGAAAACUGGAAGUCCCGAAAAGCCUCUCAGUGACAUGGGUCUAGUAAGUUACCGGAAAUACUGGCGACUUGUUCUCUGCGAAGAGCUGCUACAACAGAAGGGGCCGAUCAGCAUAUCAGCCAUCUCAGACCGAACGGGCAUGACAGCGGACGAUAUCGUGUCCGCGCUGGAAGGUCUGCGCGCUCUUGUGCGCGACCCUGUCACGAAGAAAUACGCAUUCCGACUAGAUACGGGCUAUUUCAAGCAGUACAUCGAAAAGUGCAAUGCUGCAGACAACCCGAAGAUCAAUCCCGAUUGCUUGUUGUGGACGCCAUAUGUUAUGGGUCGACUAGGUCAAUAUGAGGACGGACCUGCUUUGCAGACCGUACAGCAGCGUGAUGAAGUCGAAGAGGAAGAGAAGCCGGUGCCCGAAGAGGGCGUGCAGAUGGACGCCGCAGCCAAACAGAACGGGUCAACACAAGACCAGGACGGCGGGACUGGCGACGAAGCGGAUCCAUCAGUACCUGCACUCCCAGCUGAAGACUCCGUCAAUGGCGGUUCACCAGCUCCAGGCACACCUCUUGCGAACGGCUCCACGAUCGCACUUGCGGGAUCACAAAUGGCCACCAGCGAACCCGCGAUUCCACCCUCGCGUUACGAGAUCUUCCCUCCGAUACCUGGCCAACCGGCAUCUAGACGCCGACCUGGCCGCCCAUUCGGAACACGGCGGCGCACAAGCACACCAAAUCGAGCUCGUAAUACCCCCCUCUCCAUCCACACAGCCCCUGUAUCCAAGAUCCAACUUUCUCCCAGCCGCAUCGCAAAAGGCUCUCCCUCGAACGGCGCGCUCACGCCUGGUACUAUUCUCCGCCGCACGCGUAGUCGACUGGGCGAAAGCGUCACGAAUGGCGACGACGUCGAAGAAGGCGGUGCCGUCAAAGCCGUCCUCACCAACGGCCGGCGAAGCACAAGAAGUUCAGCAAGCUCGCUGGGUAGUCCCCGCGUCGGCAAAGACAUCAAGGGCAAAGGCAAGGCGCUACCCGUCGAAGAAGAGCAGGACGACCCAGACGCCGAUGCUGACGGCGAUUACGACGAAGAAGCAGACGAGGGAAUGGACAUUGACGCCGAAGGCGAAGACGAUGACGAUAUUAUCAUGGCGGGCGCUUAG